AUUUCUUGAUAGCCGAUGCAAAAAAAAAACAUAGGUUAUGAAAAAAAUAAUAAUUUCGGACAAAAUUUUACAUUCACAAUAAAUGAUUAAUGAUAAUAUAAUAAAACAUAAGUCUAUAAUAUGUCUGUAACGAGAGUGGAAGUUUUAAAACUUUAUAAACGUUUAAUGGUUUAUUCCAAAUCCUUAACUUUAACGGAUAUAAAUUAUUACAAACAGCGCAUAAGCCAAGAGUUCAAAAAAAAUAAGAGUUUAAGUAACCCUGAAGAUAUUAUAUUCGCUUAUAAGAAAGGAGAGGCGUUAUUAUUAAAAGGUGCAAUUGUGUAAGAUGUUUCUAACAAGACUAUUUAUAAAUGUCAAUAGACGAACACAACUGUCAAUACCAGUAGCUUUAAAACACACCAUAGAUUAUUCUAAAGUGCCUAAAAUUAAUGAAAAUGAUUUGUCAGAACAAUUUGUGCGAGGGGGAGGCCCUGGUGGGUCAGCUGUGAAUAAAAAUGCCAACUGUGUUGUGUUAACACAUGUUCCUUCAGGAUUAGUAGUGAAAUGCCAUAAUAGCCGAUGCCAAGAUGAUAACAGAAAAUUAGCAAGGCAAAUGCUCGUAGAUAAGUUGGAUGAAAUUAUGAAUGGGGAGGACAGUAUAAAUGCACAGAAAAAGCGAAUUGAAGAGAAUAAAUAUAAAAAGGGUGAAUAUAAAAGGAAAAAAAGGGCUAAAAUGAAGGAAGAGUGGAAGAAACGUGAAGGCUUACUGGAGUAAACUAGAUAAUAAAUUUAGACUGAAUCAUAA